AUGAGUGUCCGAGUCGUUGCCCGAGUCCGACCCCUUCUGAAAUCCGAACGGGAGCUGGAUGUUAUUCUUCGUACCGGGGCAUCAGCAACCCCAACUGAUACCAAGUCGCAGUCGACAGAUGGAGAUCGGAAACUGGCCGCGUUGAGAGAUAGAGAUAAUGUGGUGCGGAUCCCGAAUCCAAAGAAUGAAGGGGAGGAGUACUCUUUUCAAUUCAAUGCUGUCUAUGAUGCCGAUGUCACCCAGCAGGAGAUGUUCGACGCCGAGGUCGCGCCCACAAUUAAGCACCUAUUCAAUGGAUUUGAUGUGACACUCUUCGCCUAUGGCGUUACCGGGACUGGUAAAACACACACGAUGCGCGGCGGUAAAAGUCUCGCGGACCGAGGUGCUAUCCCCGUCUGCUUAGUGGCUCGGAAAAUCGAGAAGGACGCCAAUGGGGAGACAACUGUUAAAGUUGCGCUGAGCUAUUACGAAAUAUAUAACGACAAGGUUUAUGAUCUCUUUGAACCUCCCGAGAAACGCACGUUGGCAGGUCUUCCUCUUCGCGACAAUGGGGGCAAGACCGUGGUUGUUGGCCUGACCGAGAGAGCGUGUACCACAUUGAAGGAAUUUGAAGGCCUUUAUGACCAAGCUAAUAACAACCGGUCGACUUCAGCAACCAAGUUGAAUGCACACUCGUCACGUUCGCACGCAAUCCUCGGAGUCAAGAUCACUAUUACCUCGCCAGAACAGACUCGAGUCAGCACAGUUUCCGCAAUUGACCUUGCCGGUUCAGAAGACAACCGACGGACGGAGAAUGACAAGGAGCGCAUGGUGGAGUCGGCGAGCAUCAACAAGAGCUUGUUUGUACUCGCUCAAUGUGUCGAAGCAAUCACCAAGAAGCAGCAUCGGAUUCCGUACCGCGAGUCCAAAAUGACGCGUAUCUUAUCACUGGGCCAAAACAACGGUUUAACGAUUAUGAUCCUCAAUGUUGCACCAGUUCGGUCUUAUCAUCUCGACACACUGAGUUCCCUGAACGUCGCCAAUCGUACCCGGAAGAUCGAGGUGCGAGAGAUUGAGAAUGAUCCUAUUUUCAAGGGCCCUGCUAGACCUGCCCCACGACCCUCGUUAGCAGCCAAUCGACAGCCCUUGCGUCCGCUCACUGCAUCUGUCAAUGUGAACAUGCCUGCGCCUGCUGCCAAGGACCCGGCUAAGAAGGACGACGAGAAACCGAUCAAGGCUUUCAGUGUCUUCUCUGAUCGACCCCAGGUUAAGCCCGUGACCCAAAUCCGAAAGUCUGAUGUUUCAAAGAGACCCUCUCUCGCCCCCGAUUCCCACACCACCAAGUCAUUGAAAGCACCCCGUCAAACUCUUGGCUUGAACACCGCCUCAUCGGUCUACGGAGAGCUCUCCGCUGCCAAGAUCGAAGAGAUGGUCGAAAGGAAAGUCGAGGAGAUUUUAGCUGUUCGGGCCGUUACCGAGCAAUCAAGGGAAACUCAAGCCCGCGAAUUAAAUGAUCAACUUCAACGCCGCCUUGAGCUACUCGAGCAGCGCAUUGAAGGAACCGAGGAUGCUCGGGCCGAGGGACUUUCAUAUCUGCUCAUGGGCAAGCAACACCAGGCUCGAGGCGAAAAUAGCUCUGCUCUUAAGAUGUAUCAGCUCGCGCUUCCGCACUUCCCUCACAAUGAGAAGCUCGUUGCCAAAAUCGCUGCUUUGAAAGAGCGCAUGCAAGAGCAGGCCUUCCCAGGCGAGUCACUCCUAGCUUCUCCCCCGAGCAAAGGGAAGUUCGGGAGCAUGCUUUCACUUAAGCGAGAGUCCACACUCACUCUCCUUGGAAAGCGUCAAGCUGAUGAAGCUUGUGAUAAUGACGUGACUUUGGCCGACGAUGACUGCUUGGCCAGUGAUGAUGAUAGCCACCCUCGACAGAAGAAGAAGCGUGUCACAUCCAAAAGCCUUUGUGAAACCGAAAACGACAUCGAGUCCCUGGAUGAAUAUGAAAACGGCUCUCAUUCUCCUCGAAGCAUCCAUCUCUUGUCCAUUAUCAACUCAAGAGAUGUUAGUCAGAUCAAGCUUCUAAAGGGCGUUGGUGCUAAAAAGGCAGAGGCCAUUGUUGACUGUCUCUGUGAGAUGGACCAAGCCUCAGAUGAGUCGAUGGUAUCUGACCAGCCUUUGUUUCAAGUGGGUAGCCUAGCUCAGCUGAGCACUUUGAAAGGCGUGGGUGUUCGAACCGUUGAGAACAUGCGCAACGGAGUCUUGGUCUGA